UUUUUUUUUUUUUGACGUCGUUUCUUUUUUUGUUUCCUGAAUGAGGUUCAGAGUUACCACUUGGGUAUUCUUUACCCUUAUAUUGCUGCAAACGAUUUCGGUGGUCCAUCUUCAGCUCCUUCCUGAUAUCGUUGAUCCUUCUACCAAAGCCCCAGCUGUCGAUCCUACCUCACCUAGCAACGGCGGUUCAGGUACCGGUAGUGCCGGUAGUGGUGGUGCCGAGACCAAGUCGCCUGCUGUAACGGAUGAUCCUCCCACCUCACCUUCGCCUUCGGACAAACCACCUACCACUUCGGACAAACCGUCACCUCAACCGACACCUCAACCGACACCUCAACCCAGCACCAAUGCACCGCAACCGAGCCCGAAUCCUUCCCCGAGUCCAGCUCCCAAUCCAGGAUCCAGUGCAUCGGAUAAACCUGCUCCAUCGAACCCGGCCCCUUCCAGUAAACCUUCUACACCGGCUGUGCCUCCGUCUCAACCUCCCGCCAGCAGCAAUUCGCCAUCGCCCAGCACACCAGCAUCUCAUCCUCCUUCCAGCAGUGUGAGCAGUGCCAAACCGCCUUCUAGUUCAGCAGCAAGUACUCCCCACUCGGGCACUCCUUCUUCCGAUGUUUCUUCGACCCAACCGACUUCCUCUGCCAGCAGCGAACCGUCGCCCUCCAGCCAACCUAAGCAAGGUGACAAUAAGAAAUCCAAUACGGGAACUAUCGCAGGUGCCGUCGUCGGCGGAGUUGUCGGACUUGCGUUGAUUGGCGGUGCGUUGACUUGGUUGAACCGCCGUGGAGGAUGUGCCCGUCGUCGAGAAAAACGAACCGCCGAUUUUGAAGAUUUUGGAUUAGCCGAAACCGAUUUCCCUCAUCAUCGUACACCUCCCAUGGCCGCCGCGGGCAUUCCUCCCGCCAGUUCAGCCGCGGGUGCCGCAACGGCAGGCGCGGUCAUGUCACCCACCAUUCCUCGAAUGAACGAACAAGGCACUUUUUACAACGAGCCGGCUCACGAUCCCAACUAUCCCAUGUACGCUCAUGGUGCUUAUCAACCUCAGUUGGACGCGAGUCACGGGGUCGAAUACGGUCACUUGUCGCCCAUGCAGCAACAUGCUCAAGCCUACUAUUACCCUGGGCAACAGGAUGCGUACGGACAAUAUCCUGCCGAAGGUUACUAUGACGACCCCAAUUAUUAUUAUGACGGCAGCACCGCGGUUUCCAGUACGGGAUACGAUCAUAUGCAGCCCGGUCAACAUCCUCAGCAACCACCACCGCAACAACCUUUUUCUCCAGGAGAGUACUAUAAACCGGAUGCGGCUGAUGGUAAACCUCAUCAAAGAAUGUAAAGCUUUUUUGACAACCGAGAAGCCGUCGUCGCUAUUCCCCUUCUUCUGCCACCUUUUUUCUUUUCUUCCUCCCUUCUUUUUCCCGCUUCCAAUCUUUUUUUUUCUUUUUUUUCCGUUUGUUGCCGCACGUUUUUGAUUCUUCAUCUUGGGAACCUAUUUAUCCUGUAAAUGUUUAAGUUUCUGUAUUCGGUACAAGAGGACAUGUUGGAAAGAAAAAAAAACCGAUGGCGAAUCAGGCAGGGUUUUCUGUAGAGUUCUUAGUUCUUGUUUCUUGUUUCCAUCGCCCUUGUUAGAUUUUUUUGGAUUACUUUUUAAUUUUUUAUUUUUGUUUUCUCUCCUUUUUGAUUUUUAAUCCCACUUCAAUUCACUUUGAAAAGCAUCAAUGAAGAGGUUGUCACAGGGUCUAAACAAUGAUAUUAUUUUACUUUUUA